UCCGCCCCGCCGCUCCCGGCGCCGAUCGCACACGGCCCGGCGGCGCGGUCCUUCCCUGCCCUGCUCGGCGCAAGGAGCGGCAAUCUGGGGAGCUUAGCAUACGGUGGGUGCCCUGGAGAGGAAGAAACUGCAGUUGUCCUGGGUGCCUCUGCACGAACUGCCAUGCUUCGCUUCCCACUUAAUGAAAGAUGUCAGCAGUAGGAGCAGUGUUCUCCUGCUCCAGUCUCCGUUCUUGUGUGUGGUUGCUGAAACCAGGAAUGCAGAUGAGCUCCUUUGGCUUACACACAGCAGCCAGGUGUGCUGCCAAGGAUUAUUAUGAAGUACUUGUGUUGGGUGGAGGUGCUGGUGGAAUCGCCAUGAGUGCUCGGAUGAAGAGGAAAGUGGGGGCAGGAAAUGUGGCUGUUGUUGAGCCAAGCGAGACUCAUUACUAUCAGCCGCUGUGGACCCUGGUUGGUGGUGGUGCAAAGCAGCUGGCAGCUUCUGCACGUCCAAUGGGAAGUGUAAUACCUAAAGGUGUUGAGUGGAUCAAAUCUCAAGUUAUAGCAUUGGAUCCAGACAAGAACUGUGUCUGGCUAGAGAAUGAUAUCAAGGUAUCAUACAAGUAUCUGAUAAUUGCCCUUGGAAUUAGUCUGCAUUAUGAAAAGAUCAAAGGCUUGCCUGAAGGUUUUAAUCACCCUAAAAUAGGUUCCAAUUAUUCAGCCCAGACAGUAGAGAAAACAUGGAGAGCUUUACACAAUUUUAAGGAAGGAAAUGCGAUCUUCACCUUUCCAAAUACUCCAGUGAAAUGUGCAGGGGCUCCUCAGAAGAUCAUGUAUUUAUCAGAUGCAUACUUGAGAAAAACAGGAAAACGUUCCAAAGCAAACAUCAUGUUCAACACCUCACUUGGUGUGAUUUUUGGUGUUAAGAAAUAUGCUGAUGCACUGCUUGAAGUAAUAAAGGACAGGGAUCUUGCUGUUAACUACAAGCGCAACCUCAUAGAAGUUCGAGCAGACAAGCAAGAAGCUGUGUUUGAGAACCUGGACAAACCUGGAGUGACUGAAGUUUAUCAGUAUGAAAUGCUUCAUGUCACACCCCCAAUGGGGCCACCUGCUGUACUCAUCAACAGUCCUGUCUCAGAUGAAAGUGGCUGGGUGGAUGUAGAUAAGGAGACUCUACAACAUAAAAAGUAUCCUAAUGUCUUUGGUAUUGGAGACUGCACCAACCUUCCAACAUCAAAAACUGCUGCAGCUGUAGCGGCACAGUCUGGAGUCCUUGAUAAAACUAUUUCCCGGGUAAUGAAGAACGAGUUGCCAGUUAAAAAGUAUGAUGGAUACACCUCCUGCCCACUAGUAACAGGCUACAACAAGGUGAUUCUGGCAGAGUUUGACUACGAUGCUCAGCCUUUGGAGACCUUUCCCAUUGACCAGAGUAAGGAGAGAUCAACCAUGUACCACAUGAAAGCUGAUAUGAUGCCUCUGCUCUACUGGAAUGCACUACUUAAGGGAUACUGGGGAGGACCAGCUCCUGUCAGGAAGAUAAUGCAUCUGGGCUUGAAGUGACUGCUGGUUCUCAGCAUUGCUAAAAUCUUCCAAAGAAGUGGACUGGUCUCACAUUGGAUCAAUACAUAACUUCCCUCUUGGAAUAUGUGGCAGACAUUUAAUUUUUUUUUUUUUUUAAUCAAGCUUUGGUCACUAAUUCACUUUUCCUCCUACUAUGGCCUAAAGCCUUCAUAAUGCUCUUUCCCUACUUUUUAUGUAAAUUGAGGCCUUAAACUACUUCUGUAUUUACACAGAAAUCUGACCUUGCCUUGCCUUUCUCUACGGAUUACUGCAGGAUUUGCUAGAACAAUUAGUAUUUUCAAAGCUAUUGUGUAUAUAAAAUUUUCUUCUUGACCCUAAACUGAAUUGUCUGCAUCCAAGAUCAAUUGCAUGCACUGGAUUUAACAGUGAUUCAGUGCUAGUAAAAUGGCCUGAAAAUCUCCUGUUCUCUUAUUUUUCAAGAGCAUCAGUCCUAAUUUCUGUGGAUACCUGCUGCCUAAUUAUUACAGGAAUGCCUGCAGAAUUUUGAAAGCAAAGAACUCAAAGCAGUGUCUGUGUAUAUGGAUACACACACACUCUCCUAGAAUAGCUGAGCCACUUCACAUCAUUUCCACUAUAAUGUUUUAACCCAUGACACCAAGAACAUACAAAAAAAGUCACCUGAGAACACAUACUAGACUGAAGCACAGUUUAGGAUCACAGACAAGGGGGAAGUGCUUUUUAAUUAUGGCCAUAUAGAACUCAGUUUAAGGGAAAGGUUGAACAAAGUUGAAUUGGAGAGUUGAGUCUUCACAGAAGCUGGAACUUUAGAGGCAGUCAGGUAGACAGCAUGGAACAAUUAGGAAUCAUCUUCAUUCACAAGAAUCAGCAGCAACGGCUUAUUUCUAAACAGAAAGAUAAAUAUGAACAUAGUUCAAGUUACAGCUUCACGCUUUUCCAACUUUUCCAACACAGGUUUUAAAAGGUUUGUCUUUGAAUUGCAGUUAUAAGCAUGAACAUAUACCUGGGUGUUAAGCAAUUCUUCAAUCUUAUUUUGGAUCUGCCCAUACACAUCAUUAAACAGCUCCUCCUUUGAUUUUGUCCCAUUCAAAUGCACUUAAAGAAAGUAAAAUAAGAGAGCUAUAACAGAAUGUCUCUGUAAGCUUGCCAAAUCCUAAUUUAAAAAGUUAGCAUGCAGCUAGAUGGUAUCAGAGAAAUAUACUCCCUCCACCUGCUUCAUUCACAUCCUCUCAUGCAUCUAACCAGUAUGUACUGCACAGGUUUGAAAAGCAAUCUCAUAGUGUUUUUGUCAGUAAAGACUUACCCACAUCAA